AUGGAUGAAUCAUCUCAUUCACAAGACGUGCGCCCAUCUAAAAAAGAUGAGCGUUCAUUUAAAGUUGAUGAGCAUUUGUUUAAGAAAAACAAACACUUAUCGGAAAAAGACGAACAUCUGACUAAAAAAGAUAAGUAUUCGUCUGAAAAUGGACUUAAAAAAGAAGAGCAUCAAAUUAAAAAAAGACUUAAAAAAAGAGUGCAACAACAUAAAAAAAACAUAUUUUCAUUUAACGUUCGUAAAAUGAAUAAAUCUGAAAUUAUGAAAUGGAUUGAAUUCUGUAGAAAUUCCAAUAAAAGCAGAACCCCUUCUGCUUUUUUACUCUUUAAGAGUACAAAUAAGCUUGGUCCAAAAGACGCCAGCGAUACAUAUAAUUAUUUAUCGGAUAAUGUUAAAUCUGACUAUGAUCGUUGUGCAGAAAUUAUUAAGAAAAGCACUUAUGAACCCGAGACAGCCUAUAAGAUGCUCGAAUUUCCGCUAUGUUUUUUCAAUUAUGAUUCUAAAUUUUUUAAAUCGAAUGCUCAAAAUUGUUUAGCUACGUCAAAUUUCAAUAACAAUUUUGAAGAGAAUUUAUCUCAUCAUUCUUUCUCGGUCGAGCAAGCACCAAAUGGAGAAUUGAUUCAAGACAUUUUCUCUGUUCAUGUUAUCAACAAUAUGUUUGCGGAUCAAAACACAGACAUGUCUCUUCUUAAUGAUGGUAAUAUUGUCGAAGAGAAAAGGUCAUCUUUGCAAUUACUUUAUCAGUCUCAUGGCGAGCAAAUACAACAGCCAGAAUCCCAGGACAUGGAUAUGCCUCAAUAUCUUGACGUACCAUCUUUUAAUUGUGGCAACAUUGCUAAAGAGCAAAUACCCCCCUUGCCAUUGCAAUACAUAGAAUCAGAUCAUAUUUUAAAUAGCAUGCCUUUUAUGACUCAAGAUAUGGAUACUUUUAAUUAUAUUAGUGCUGGUGAACAACAACUAUAUAUGACUUCUAUUCCUAAAAUUCGUUAUGAUACGUUCCAAAAGUUCCAUUAA